AGUACGGGUUCAUAAACAGCUGCCUCCAGUCUCUGGUGAUAGAGAAGUUUGGCCAGGAGACCUGGGACAAACUGAGCUCUCUACCAGGCGUCCAGGAUACCUUCAUGACAUAUAUGGUUUACGACGAUAUCCUAACCCUCAACCUGGUGCAGGAGGCCUGUUUACUGCUGGAUGUCUCUGCUGAUGUAUUUCUUAAGCUUUUUGGAGAACAUUUCUUUCUCUUCUGUAAGCAAGCGGGCUAUGACACCAUGCUGAGGACACUGGGGGGAAAUCUCAUUGAAUUCAUUGGAAAUCUGGAUUCUCUCCACAGUUACCUUGCUCUGUCCUAUCAGGAAAUGAAUGCACCAUCUUUCCGAGUGGAGAUGACCGAGGAUGGGAAGAUGCUACUUCACUACUAUUCUGACAGGAAGGGCCUGUACCAUAUUGUACCAGGUAUCAUGGAGGCGGUUGCCAGAGAUUUUUUUGAUAGCAAAGUGACCAUGGUGGUGCUUAAUCAAUCAGAGGAAGAUGAGCGCACAGGGAAGAAGGAGCAUGUUGUGUUUCUGGUAAAACAGUCCAAACAAGCAAACAAGACUAGAGACCAGGACCAUUCCAGUCAUAAAAGGGAGACAUUAUUAAGAAAAAUGAGGGAGCAGUGUGUGUCACUGGCUGGGAAAAAGCAUGGCUGGGACCUGAUCAGAGCUGUGGUUGUCUCAGAAAAAGACGCUGCCCAGAAGUACAGUACUUGCGGACAGAUAAACAUUUCUUCAUCAAGCAGCCUCCAUUGCACCUUCAGUCCAUCUUACCCGAACAAGCUGUGGGUGGAAGAGAAAACGUUCUGCAAUGCUUUUCCCUUCCAUAUUGUCUUUGAUGAGGAUCUGAAGGUAAGACAUACAGGGGUGAACAUACAAAAGUUUCUUCCAGGUCUCCAGGCCAGAGAUGCUAUGUUGGACCAAUGGUUCACCAUUAUACAUCCACAGGUGACCUUUACUAUAGAGAGCAUCAGGAAAUUCAUCAACAGUCAAUUUGUCUUGAAGAGCUACAAAGACAAUCACACCACGCUCAAGCUAAGAGGUCAGAUGUUGUGGAUGGAGUCUCUUGGCUGUAUGUUAUACAUGUGUUCUCCGAAGCUACGAAGCCUCCAGGAACUUCAAGAUGUCGGCCUCCACCUGGCUGACCUGGCCCAGCACGAUGUCACCAGAGACCUGGUUCUUCUCAACCAGCAACGUCUAGCUGAGAUGGAGCUCACCAACCAGCUGGAGAGGAAAAAAGAGGAACUGAGAAUUCUGUCACGGCACCUAGAAGCUGAAAAACAGAAGACAGAGACUCUGCUGUAUGCCAUGCUGCCACGCCACAUAGCCGAUCAGCUUAAAGACGGGAAGAGCGUAAAGGCAGGGGAGUUUGAGGUGUGCACUAUUUUGUUCAGUGAUGUUGUAACCUUCACAAGCAUCUGCGCUGCCUGUGAGCCCAUCCAUAUUGUUGACAUGCUUAACUCCAUGUACUCCAAGUUCGACCGACUCACCAACAUACACGGUGUCUACAAGGUUGAGACUAUUGGUGACGCAUACAUGGUGGUAGGUGGCGUUCCAAUCCCUACAGAAACGCAUGCACACAGAGUGGCAAACUUUGCUUUGGGUAUGAGGAUAGCUGCCAGAGAGGUCACCAACCCUGUAACCGGCAAACCCAUACAGAUCCGUGUGGGUCUACAUACUGGUCCAGUGUUAGCUGGGGUGGUGGGGGAGAAGAUGCCUCGCUACUGCCUGUUUGGAGACACUGUUAACACUGCCUCCAGGAUGGAGAGUCAUGGAGUCCCUGACCACAUUCACCUCAGCACUUCCACAUAUAGUAAGUUGAAGGAUGCUGGCUUCGACAUACAAGAGCGUGGGCAGAUUGAGGUGAAGGGUAAAGGCCAGAUGACCACUUACUUCCUGCUGGGGAACCCGUUGGUGUCAGAAGAUAGCAUCAUGGGAAAAGAGGUUGGAGGGCCAUGUCUUUACAGGGAUGACCUUCAUAGCCAGAGCAAAAAAGAGUCUGACAAAGUGCCUGAUGUGAAAAGUGUGCGAGGAGACACACCAUCAGAUGGAGACCCCACCCGAUUGGCCUCCAUCACUCCCUUUGCCUGGGACAUCACUCCACCAUAUGAGACCAACGAGAACAGCUCUGAGAUAUCUGCAAGCAAUUUCAACAGCCGACUCUGUGUCUUAUUCUGACUAAGAACCCCCUGAGCCUCUUAUAGCUCACUGAAGUUUAACUGUUCAGGGAUCUGCCAGCUUAGAGAUGGUUGAGCUCAACACAGAGAAAAAUAUGCGACUUUAUUAUAGCUCCAA